AUGAUGUCAAAAUACUUUUUACUGAUUUAAUUUUCGAUCACUAUUUUACAUGUAUUGUUAAAUGAUUACAUUUUCUUUCUGCAAUUUGCAUAUUUGACAUAUUAUUGGCGAACCACUAAAAUAUCUUCAAAGCUGUCAGUACCUUGACAUUCAGAUGUAGGUUACUUGCGAGUUUAAUGUUGAACAAAAUAAUUAAAAUACAUUAUGCACGGUCUGUGAUAGUUCAAUUCAAACCAAAUAUAUUAAUUAAAAAUGUCGCUGAAGCCCAAAAGUGUGGAUUUCGAUCAGAUCUGGGCGGGUCUAAAAAUAAUAGUAAAAGAUAUAGUUUCUUUGAAAAGAGUUGAAAUCAAAGACUGGCAUAGCAGCUUUAGUGUUGUUUAUUCGCUGUGCACUGCGAAUCCGGAGCCCUUCGCCGACAGAUUGUACACAGAGACUGAAUUAUUACUCAAAAAUCAUGUAAUAGAUCUUCUACGAACAGAAAUUCUCACAGAAAAUAACAAGCUUUUGGUUACUAGUGAAUCAAAUGAUGAAUUUCCUUUGUUAUCUAAAUAUUCUAAGCUGUGGUCGAACUAUGAGAAUGGUAUUAAGUUUCUUGAUAUUCUAUACUCAUAUCUGAACACACAACACAUUAAAAAGCAGAAACAAUCUGAAGCCGAAAUUAUAUAUGGUAGUAUAAUUACAACAGAUUAUGAUAAAAUGGAAAUUAAAGAAUUAGGUUUGGAUCUGUGGAAAUGGCAUAUGAUAAUGCCUUUAAAAGAUUACCUGUUAUCCUUUUGUCUCCAAGGAAUUGAUCGAGCCAGAACCGGUUCACUAAAUAGCGAGGAGAGGAAGAAUUUAAAAACGGUUAUCAAUAGCUUUGUGGAAGUAGAAGGUUAUAAGAAGAAAGGUAAUUUAAAUCUAUAUCGUGAAGUAUUUGAGAUUACUUUCUUAGAUGCUUGUGCACAACAUUACAAACUGGAAGCUUCAAAACUUCUUCAGCACUGCACAGUUAGUGAAUAUAUGGAACAAGUUAUUCAAAAACUUCAUGAAGAAGUAAUAUGUACUCAAGUUUAUAUACACACCAGUACACACCCUAAAUUGAGACGCAAGAGUGAGGAGUGCAUGGUUUUAGAACAUAAAGACUUCCUAUACAGUGAAGUAUAUGAAAUGGUUUCUCAAGAAAAGAAAACAGAUCUAAAAAAUAUGUACACUCUUUUGCAACCUAUAGAAAAUGGUUUGUCUAAAUUAAUUGCUACUUUAAAUGAGCACAUCAAACAAGAAGGUAUGAGAAUAUUUUCAGGGCUAAAAGGGGAUAAUAUACAUGUACAAUUUGUGGAACAGAUGUUGGAGAUUCACAAGAAAUAUAAGCAAAUGAUUUUAGAAGUAUUUUCGAAUGAUCAAUUAUUUUGCAGUGCCAUGGAUAAGGCAUGUGCAACAGUAAUUAAUGCUAGAAUUAAUGAAAGAGCUCCUUGCAGAAGUCCUGAAUUGCUCUCUAAGUACUGUGAUAGUCUUCUUAAGAAAUCUUCAAAGGGUAUAUCGGAGUUAGAAAUUGAUGAAAAACUUACAGCUAGCAUCACCAUAUUCAAAUAUAUAGAUGACAAAGACAUGUUUCAGAAAUUUUAUAGUAGGAUGCUUGCUAAGCGUUUGAUACAUCAACAAUCCCAUAGCAUGGAUUCGGAAGAAGCUAUGAUAGAUCGAUUGAAGCAAGCUUGUGGAUAUGAAUUUACCAAUAAAUUACAUCGCAUGUUUACAGAUAUGUCUAUAUCUAGUGAUUUGAAUGCUAAAUUUCAGAAUUACAUCAAAGACAACAAUCUGGAUUUAGGUAUAAAUAUGUACAUGCUUGUUUUACAAACAGGGGCAUGGCCUUUAGGUCAAACACAAACUCAAUGUGCAGUUACAGUUCCGCAAGAACUAGAAAAGUCCAUGCAGAUAUUUGAAAGCUUCUAUCACAACCAUUUCAGCGGUAGAAAAUUGAAUUGGUUGCAUAGUUUAUGCAAUUGUGAAAUAAAAUUGUCAUAUUUAAAAAAAACUUACAUAAUAACUAUGCAAACUUAUCAAAUGGCAAUUUUGUUCUUAUUUGAACAAACAGAUUCACUGCUGUAUAAGGAUAUUGAAGAAGCUCUACAAUUAAAUAGUGAUACUCUACAAAAGCAUGUUUCAAGUCUUAUAGAUUCCAAAUUACUUCUAGUGAGUACCGACGGAGAACUAGUAAGCAAUUCUAAAAUUUCUCUAAACCUCGAAUACUCCAAUAAACGCACAAAGUUCAAAAUAACAGCAGCAUUGCAACGUGAUACUCCGCAAGAAGUCGAACAUACGAUGACAGCUGUUGAAGAUGAUAGGAAAAUGUUUAUACAGGCUGCUAUAGUCAGAAUUAUGAAAUCCCGUAAAGUCCUGAAGCACAAUGCACUUAUUCAAGAAGUAUUGUCACAAUCAAAAGUCAAUUUCAAUCCCAAUAUUGCUAUGAUUAAGAAAUGUAUAGAAUCUUUAAUAGACAAGCAAUAUAUUGAACGCAAACAGAACUCUAGUGAUGAAUAUAGCUAUGUUGCAUAA